AUGCCCGCUGGCGGCGAGGAGCGGCGGCAUGGCCGGCGCCCACGUGCCGCGACCCAGCACCCGACCCCCAGCGCUCGGGGCGCGGCCACGGCCGCUGCGGCUGCCGCCAGCGGCGGCGCUGCACCGGGGCGUGCCCUGAGCGCCGACUUUGCUCAGCUGGUGCAGCAAGGGGGCCCGCAGGGCUGGGACUCGCUCCCCUUCCACGCCCUCUCCCAAAUCUUCAACUGCCUGGAGCUGAGGGAUCUCGCGGCGGCAGCCAGCGUGUGCAGCACAUGGCGGUAUGAGGCGUCGCUGGAUGCCCGCUGGCGCGCCUUCUGGCAGAAGCAAGUCAGCGACGUGGGGCUGUGGCGCUGGGCCAAGGCCGACGGCGACUACCGGCAGCAGCUGCGGGCAAAGCACCUGGUGCGGCGCGGCGACUGCGCCGCCACUGUGUUCCCCUUCAGCCGCCGCGACGGACCUGUCAGCGAGGCCCCCAAGGUGCCCGGCCAGUCGGUGCGCCUGCACGGCAGCUGCCUCAAGGUGUGGGAUGCGGCGGCGCUGAUGGCGCAGCGCCCGAUCCUCACGGUGCACGACGUCCUCAAGCACAUGCAGCUGGAGGACGGCCGCCUGUUCCUGUGGCGCAUCGCCGGCGAUGCAGUGAUCCCGGUGGAGUGCCUGGACGGCGAGGACCUGGAGGAGGUGGCCGAGGCGGCGCACUGGGCGGAGCACCCAGCCAUCACCGCCUCGGUGCUGGCGCCCGGCCCGCUGGCGCUGCAGGACGUCCCGCUGGAGGCGUCCUACGGCAGGCGCAUCACGCCCUGCGAGUGGUUGGACAUGUCUGGCGGGCUGAUUGCGGGCAGCCUGAUGGUGCCCAGCCAGGGCCGCCUCAUCAUGCGCCUGUUUGACCUGGCCACAGGCCGCUGCCUGCGCGCCAGCACCUGCGCCCUGAACGCCGACGAGCACGUGAUGCAGCUUCAGGACCACGAGGUCACCAUGAUUGUGACCCGCAGCGGCGAGACGGGCUCCCUCGUGGCCGCCACCUGCGCCCUGUUUGACACCCGCGUGUUCCUGUGGCGCCUGCGGGACGAGUGGGUCUCUGCCGGCCAGGCCACCGCCGCCGCCGCCGUUGCGGCAGGCGCCGGCAGCUCGGACGAGCAGGGGCAGCACGCGGGCGAGGCGCGAGACGCUGCCUGGGACCCGGCCGCGACGGUCGCCGCCGUGGGUGCUGCUGCGGCGGCGGGGGGCGGCGACGGGGGGCAGUACGAGCUGCGCCACGUGUACAGCACCCUGGAGGAGGAGCCGAUUGUGGAUGUCAGCAUCAGCACCACCGCGCACCGCCUGUUUGUGGUGGGCAUGGAGAAUGUCUUCAUUGCCGACCUGUCUGGCGUGCCCUACAUGCGCGUCUCGCUGGCGCGCUGGCGCGGCGUGGUGCCUGCCGGCCAGGUCAUGGCGGCGGCGGAUGUGGGGGCGUUCAGCUGGCCGCUGCCCAACAGCACCAAGACCGCUUUCUUCCUGGACACCACCAACUCCCUGUUCAUCGCUGAGUUCAGGCGCCCGCAGAUGAGCGACUACUGGUACAUGCAGCACGGGGAGGGGGAGUUUGAGCGCGGGCGGCGCCCCCGCUUUGACCACCACGUUGCGCAGCACCUGCAGCCCGGCUUUGUGGACAUGACCUACUAUGUGCAGAGCCACACCGACCUGCGGCCCCCGCCCACCGCGCCGCUGCUCAGCACGCUGCACGGGCGGGCCUCGGGGAUGCGCACUGGGGAGCCCGGCGUGGUGGAGUACACGCAGGACGGCGGCGUGCUGCUCACCACCGGCGACACCAGCUGCCCGGCGGUGGCGGCGCUGCUGGGGCACGAGAAGGCGGCGGGGGCGUACCUGGAAGGACUGGGCCCGCGCGCCGCCAAGCCCCGCACAGGCGGCAGCAGGCGGCAGCCCUUCAUCAGCCACGGCGGGCGGGGCCAGCGCGGCCAGCUGGCGCCGCGUGCGCUGGUCAUGAUCGACUCGACCAGCGGGUGCCGGUACAAGGCCGUACCGCUGGAGGGCGCGUGCGAGUCGGUGCACACAGCGGGGCAGUACGUGGUGCUGUCGGUGGCGGAGCUGGGCAGCUACCCCCAUGGGCUCAACGGCUCCAUAGUGGUGCUGGACUUUGGCGGGCGCGGCCUUGGGGGGCCCGGCGAGCUCGCUGCCGCCACGCCCGACCCCGUGCCGGCCCCCGAGCAGCAGGAGCAGGAGCAGCGUGGUGGCCGGCAACGGCGUGGCGGCAGCGCAGCAAGCAAGCAGCGAAAGGAUGACAAGGAGGAGGAGGAGGAGGAAGGGAAGCAUUCGAAAAGCAGGCGGCGCGCCAAGCCCAACAAGAGGCAGGGUGGAUCCAGAGCCAAGGGCAAGGCGCCAGCCACCCAGGCGGCGACGGAUGACGAGGCGGGGCCCUCGCGCAAACGGGGCAAGCGCUGA